CGUCACUUAAAGCAAUGUGCGAUUGGGGAAAAUGUGACACAGCAAUAGGGGAGCUGGAAAACCUCCUGUCUUGCGAUAUUUGUCAUCACCUAGUUGACAACCCAUGUAUGCUGGGAGGGUGUGAGCACUGCUUCUGCAGGAGCUGUAUAUCUGACCAGUUAGGUGAAAACUGCCCUGUGUGCGACAUUCCAUCCCACGCGAGAGACGUCCAGAGUAACCGUCAGCUGGCCAACGUGGUGCUCAUGUGUAAGAGAUUCAAGAGGCUGUUGGCCCAGAACACAGCCACACAACACGAGGGAGGAGGUGAAUUAAAUUCUCCUAAAGAGACAAAGAAGAAGAAUAAAAGCCAUGACCUUGAGGAGUCCAUCCAUCAGUUAGCCUCUGUUCAGAAGGAAAACCUAGUUCCAUCUGUCAAUAAAGAUCCAUAUGCUGUGUAUGAUUUUGAGUCUUCACCUACGACAACAACUUCUAAGCCAGCAGGGAGAAGAACGCGGAGUGUCACUGCUAAGAAUGUGAAAAAGAAAGCACUGGCUGCUGUAAAUAAGAGGUGGGGCAUUAAACAGUCGCCUUCAGAAGCUUCCUUUAAUGAUCCUUGCACUAGCUGUAAGAAAACAAAGGAAGGAAGAGAGGAACGGAAGAGAAGAGUGCAGAUCAUUACUCCCACCAGCUCCAUUAAGUCCAAAGGUCAUGUCUCCAUCAUCAAUGACACAUCAAUACAAUGCGUCAAUAAUUGUUACAAUGCUGCAAUAGACAUUGCAGGGGGAUUUGUGACUGGUGACGAUGACAAAAACAAGGAUGCAGUUGAUAAAUGCAGUGUCAGUAACAGUGCCAUCGGCACUGAAAAAACUGCUACUGCAGCUACUAAGGCAAAUGUUCUUAAUGAGGAAAUUAGCACAGACAUUGAAGCUUCUGUGACAAUUCAGACUGAGAAUGAUGACCAUAUUGACCACAUCCAGUCUGAAAAAUAUCCUGGCAAGUCUGGAGAAGAUAAAAACAGGUCUCAUGGUGGGUGUGGUGCUGACAGCAAAGACCAGAAGCCCACAUGUGAUGAGCAGGGUUCUGAGGAAGGAGCUGUCACUGUGGAGGAACUGGGCCUGUGUGCCACGCCCACCUCAGCUGUACACAGGUCACGGCGACCUAGGACACUACACCACGGUGAGAAUCAUAGACCUAAGUCUGGAGACAGAGUCCACAAUAGAAAGUUGCCCACAGGCACAGUGCUAUCUCCUUCACCAGUGACCAUCAGGAAGAACAGAAGAUCAGCUGAGACAAAUCUCUCUCCAGCUCCAACAAGAAAGUCCAGACGAUCGUCUGAGACUCCACCUGCCUCAGUUGACUCCCCAGGUCACACAAAAACAACCAGGCAAUCUGAGGAAAAGCAGAACAUCCCUGCAGCACAAGUCAGGCAAGUCACCAGAAGGUCACUAUCGCCCCCUAGUGCCAAAAGUAAACAGCAGCCAACCAAGAGGAGUUCUUUACAAGCCUCAGAUUUCAAAUCUACACCAAGACAAACCACAAAUAGGAAAUCACUGUCGCCAUUUGGUGUUAAAGUUACACCAAGACAGACCAGCAGCAGAAGAUCAUUUUCGCCAUCUGGUGUGAAGUUACGAGGAAGUCCAUCUGUUCUUUGUGGUGAAAGCAGUGUGGCAAGUCCAGCGUGUAAGAAGAGGAAUGCUAAGGGAGAGACACCACUUCACAUAGCUGCUAUUAAAGGUGACAGUGUGCUAGUGGACAGCUUGUUGUCCGAGGGAGCUGACCCUAACACCAAGGACAAUGCAGGGUGGACUCCACUGCAUGAAGCCUGUAACCAUGGUUACACAGAGAUAGCAGAGAAGUUGUUGAAGGCGGGUGCAUACAUUGAUAUGCCGGGUUUAGACAACGACACACCUCUGCACGAUGCUGUCCAGAAUAACAGGGUCAAGGUGGUCAAGCUGCUGGUCAGCUAUGGGGCUUCACUGAACACAAG